AUGGAUCCGUAUAGACCAGUUCAUUAUGCACCAUAUCGGCCAUACGCGCCACAAAGCGGACCGACUUACGCACCUGCUUCUAGACCAGGUUAUUUACCUACUGUUCAACCGACUAGGCCAAAUUACUUAGGUCAGAGACCAGGGUAUGGGCCUUUGCCUAUCGGCGGUGCUCAAGGUAUAGUCGCGUCUGGUUCAGAAGUUGAAAAGUUGACUACACUCUUCAUUGGAGGAAUAUCACCGGGAGUGACAGACGAUUGGAUGGAAAGGAUUCUCAAGACAUGCGGUUCGUUAAAAUCUUGGAAACGUGUCAAAGAUCAGUCCGGAAACCCUAAGGGAUUUGGUUUCGCUGAAUAUUUAGAUGCAGAUAGCGUUCUUCGUGCGUUGCGAGUUUUGGGUGGUGAAGGGCCUGGUGAUGAUAAGAAAGAUAAAGGUGUUGCGCUACCCGCCCUAGAAGAGGGUGCUGUGGGAAAAAAAUUAAUAGUUAAAGCAGACGAAAAUACCAGAAAAUAUCUUGAUCAAUAUGAAGCAUCAAGACCGAGAACUGUGCAUGAUACCGAACUCGAUAAAAAUGCUCUCAUAUCUGUCAUAACCGUCAUACAGAAUAUGACAAAGCCUCAAGAAUCUCGAAUGCCGCAUGAUAAUAGGUCUGGAAUUCGAAAAUCACCAAAUUCCGAGCAUAUCGAUCAUAUGGAGAAGGAUGAUGACACUGAUUUACCUGCUGAUCUUCCUCCAGAACAAAAAGAUCUAAUAUAUCGAGAAAUUGCGUUUUUCCGAGAGCAACGAUCUCAUAGAAGAGAUAGCAGAGAAAGGCAGCAAUAUGGACAUUAUCAUCAACCUGUCAACUUUGUUCCCGCUAGAGAAUCUAGACGAGAGUCCUAUGCAUUGGAUGAUGAAGAUGAAGAGCAAAAACGUCAGGCAAAAAGGAAGACAGAAAUGGAAAUGGCUUUUAAAGAGAGGGAACGACGUUGGCAACAUAGGGAAGAAACCAUGGCAGCAAAUCGUGAACGUGAAUUAGAACGUGAAAUAGACGCAAGAGAAAAGCAGAUACGUGAUCGUGAAUUGAUGGCAAGAAAAUUAGCGGAAUGGGAUGACGAUGUUGAGGCUGAAAGAGGGCAAGAAGAAUACUAUCGAGAUCGAAACCGAUGGUGGUUCCACAGACAACAAUAUCGAGCACGUGAAAUGGCAAUGGAUGAACAAGAUAAACUUCGAGAGCAACAAGAAAUUGAGUCAGAAUUACGCCAACAGGAAUGGGAACGAACGCUUGAAGAGGAGAAAAAACAACGUGCUGAAACCACAGAGGCCGAAUCACACGAAGAGAAAGAAUUAACACCUUUUACGACCAAUGGAUCUUCGCAAAGUAGUACAAAUAUCAAAGCGAAACUUACUUUAAACAUUGCUUCAAAACGGCGUGCAGCAUUAAUGACGAAGCGUAGAGUGUUAGUUCCCUUAGAGUAUAGUGAUGAUGAAGACGAUGAAAAGAGAACUGAAGAUAGGAAAAGAAGAAUUAAAGAUUUAGUGGAAACUAUCCCAACGGACAAAGAAGGUUUAUGGAAAUGGAAUGUAAAAUGGGAAGAAUUAGAUGAAAAUAUUCUUAAUAAUAAAUUACAAUCGUUCGUUAGUAAGAAGAUAGUGGGAUAUCUUGGAGUUCAAGAAGAUGAAUUAGUUUCUUUCGUAAUGGAUCAUUUGCGCAAUCAUAAGUCUGCAGAGCAAUUAACCAAAGAAAUGGAAAUGACAUUGGAUGAAGAAUCUGAACUUUUUGUAAUGAAAUUAUGGCGUAUGCUUAUUUAUGAAACCGAAAGCAAAGCCAGAAAAUUAUGA